UCUCUUGAGCGGCACGCGUGCCGCCAAUAACAAGCACUCGACGCGAUCGUAACAUAACACGCGUCAACUCUUCUAUGAACAGUCGUCGCACCAAUCUCCUGCUAUUCACACCGGCGCCAAGCGCCACACGGCUUUUAUGUAACUCAUACAUUAGGACAAAAUGUGUUGGAUUUAUGUGCCUCAUAGUAUAAUAGUGCUCGAACAGGUGCAGCCCGCGAGCGGCAGAUAGUGUUGCGGCCAGACCGCUAGUGAACUCGGUGACUGUGUGAACGUUGUCGCGGUUGAACGCCGCUGUAGGGAUUUGUAACAAGCAGCCGCCCUGUGCGGCCGAGCAUGACGAUGGACCAGCCAGGCCUCUUGUCCCUUAACAUGUCCCCGUUUGAUUUGAGUCCCGGCCCUGAAGGAUCCGGUUCGGGUGGCGGACCUUCAGGCACCUCGCAGCAGUACGUGCCCCAAGGCGCCGCUUACCAAUGCGCGCCUGAACAGCAAUCGUUUGGCUACGCCAAUCUGGACGCUUCCUAUUUGUUUCCAACAGGCGCCAGUGGAGAACCUGGUGCAUACUUGCCUGCAGCCGGUACUGUGUGUGACCAAACCGAUACAAAGGAUGUUAUCGAGGAGCUGUGCCCUGUUUGUGGGGACAAAGUCAGCGGAUACCACUACGGACUACUCACAUGCGAGUCCUGCAAGGGCUUCUUCAAGCGGACCGUUCAGAACAAGAAAGUAUACACGUGUGUUGCAGAACGGGCUUGUCACAUAGAUAAAACCCAGAGGAAGCGUUGUCCAUUCUGCCGCUUCCAAAAAUGUCUCGAUGUCGGCAUGAAACUUGAAGCCGUGCGAGCGGACCGCAUGCGCGGUGGCCGCAAUAAGUUCGGUCCCAUGUACAAAAGAGACCGCGCCCGCAAGUUGCAGAUGAUGAGGCAACGACAGAUCGCAGUACAAACACUGCGUGGGUCUCUGGGAGAUGGCGGACUUGUGCUCGGCUUCGGCUCGCCGUACGCCUCGGUGCCUGUCAAACAAGAAAUCCAAAUCCCGCAAGUGUCAUCGCUGACAUCAUCACCGGAGUCGUCACCGGGGCCUGCACUACUAGCAGCGCAGCCGCCGCAGCCGCAGCCACCGCCUCCGCCACCUCACGAUAAGUGGGAGGCUCACUCUCCGCAUUCCGCCUCGCCGGAUGCAUUCGCCUUUGACGCGCCAGCUACCACCGCUGCUACGCCCUCCAGCACUGCAGAGCCAACCAGCACUGAAACCCUUCGAGUGUCGCCCAUGAUACGAGAAUUCGUUCAAACAAUCGAUGAUCGCGAGUGGCAGAACUCGCUGUUCGGACUCUUGCAGAGCCAAACCUACAACCAGUGUGAGGUGGAUCUCUUCGAAUUAAUGUGUAAAGUGCUGGAUCAGAAUUUAUUCUCUCAAGUGGAUUGGGCGAGAAACACCGUGUUCUUUAAGUAUCUAAAGGUGGACGAUCAGAUGAAACUUCUGCAGCAUUCAUGGUCCGACAUGUUGGUCUUAGAUCAUCUUCACCAGAGGAUGCACAAUGGCUUACCAGACGAGACCACACUCCACAAUGGACAGAAGUUUGAUCUGCUCUGCCUAGGACUACUAGGUGUGCCAUCCCUGGCCGAUCACUUCAACGAGCUUCAGAACAAACUGGCGGAGCUCAAAUUCGACGUCCCGGACUACAUAUGCGUCAAAUUCUUGCUACUACUUAAUCCCGAGGUGAGGGGCAUCGUCAACGUUAAAUGCGUCCGAGAUGGUUACCAGACAGUGCAAGCUGCCCUGCUUGACUACACACUCACAUGUUAUCCCACGAUACAGGAUAAAUUCGGCAAGCUGGUGAUGGUGGUCCCGGAGAUCCACGCGCUGGCGGCUCGGGGCGAGGAGCACCUCUACCAGCGGCACUGCGCCGGCCAGGCGCCCACGCAGACACUCCUCAUGGAGAUGCUGCACGCUAAGCGCAAGCCGAACGGAGGCGAAAUGGUUAACCGGAAUGCCGAGCACACGUCGACCCUAGACAGAUUGUGCGGUUUCCUGCCAAGCGACACGAUUGAGCCUCAUUCUCCCAUCUAGAAUCUUGAAUAACCAGUGCAGAAUAAGACGGAGACGUUAGAUGCGCCAAGCGCUCUGAACACCACAUCAGAUAGAAUAUUAUACAAAAUAUUACUUAUUAACUAGCUUUAGUUUUAACUUGGUGUGUGAUUAAAUUUAAUAAGUUAUUGCGCCGAGCGCCGGCUGGCAGAGCCGAGCGUGCCUAGUCCGAAUACAGAUAAAACAAAUAUUUAUCUACCUUAUCUCUGUAACAUAAAUAUACAAAAACGUUAUACAUCAGUCUUGUGUAGCUACGGUUAAUUUAUUUAGCAGUCUUACGUGUUACUUCAAAAUUAAAUAAGUACAUUUUGUAAACUAGGUUCUCUAACUCCGGUGCGUAGCGAUGGGAUAUAUUACAAUACAUAUUUUAGGAAAGCGUCUGUGAUUAUAAACGAAGAAAUUUGAAGAAAACCGUUUUAAUGUUAGUUGAGAAAUAUGUAUAAUAUUGUUAGUUUUAUUGCAGUACCUACGAGCGUCCUGUCACUCGACGUUACUUAUAAUGUACUAUUCUUCUUUUUUAAGACUAAAGCACUUUAAAUGGAUUGUAUAACUGUUUCCACAGUUGUGGUAGUUACACGGCGUAGCUGCUGCGGCCGUGGCGUGGGCGUGUUUUUUUGACUUGAGUGAGUACAAUGCAAGUGCCGCGAGUAUAGUUACUUGGCUUGAGAUGUUUCAGAUUUUAUCGAGUUGAUGUUUAAAAAAUAAAUCGUCUAUGUAUAUUAAAAUAAGAACAAUUUAAUCACAAUUAAUUCAUGUUUAAAAUUUACAUUUGUUCUCUAAAGAUGUUUAUCUAAAUGUUGUAAUUAAAAUUAUUUUUAUCGGCCAUACCAGUACAAAAUCAAGCUAUUAUCCUUGUAAAUAAAAUAUAUGUAGCACAUUUACAGUGAAUUAUUCUACUUACGAUGUAAUUAUGUAAAAUAUUCUCAACAUACGUGCAAGAAGCCUUAAAAAUCAUAGAUUUUUAAAAAUAUAUAUGGGUACUAGCGUCUACCGACCAGCGGUCGAGCAAGAUGAUGUAUUUUUAUAAAACAUAUUGUUCUUUAUUAACAUAUAUAAUAUGUUAACUGAAAGUACAUGAUUUCGUAUUUUUCUAACAUAAUUAAAAUAUAGUAGCGUACGUAAAACUCUAAUGAUGAACUUUUAAAGUGGACAUAAUUAUAAAUGUAUAUCAAUAUGUUGUAAUUAUGAAUAACUAAGUACCAACAUAACACGUUACAAAUUUAAUUUGAGAACGUUUUAUUUUUGUAAUGAAUUUUCGUUACCAUAUAGUGCGAGAGCCCAUUGCAUAAACCUGGAUGCGUGGACGCAGAUGCGGCCAUUGAGCGCGGGUAUAUCCUCAACAGCUUGGAGUGGCGUGCGCCAUCCAACUGUCACCAUCAUAUUUAUGGAGUGGGCUCUCAAUUGAACACUCGAGUAUGUGACGAAAGCUUUUAGUUAUAUCGAAAAUGUGAUUGAUGGUUUGUGUUUAAAUGCGAAUGUUUAUAUAUUAUAAAGAGUAUCUUAGUGUCAUUGCACCAAGUGCGAGUAUAUAGUAGGCCGCAUCAACGAGUAGGUAUUAUAAAAGUGAUGUUUUCCAUUAAUUUGCCUUCGGCCGUAACCUAAGCUUUAUAUGUGACACAUACGAACGUUAGUUCUGCACGUUUUGUCUAUACCGUCCAGUGAACACUUUUAGAUCAUGUCAUUCUCAGUGUUAGAUAUUUGAUUUAAUGUUAUUGCAAAUCCUAAAUUUACUUUUGUUAUAACGUUUCUUGAUUGACGACCUCUGUAAUAGACGUAAAUACUAGCAUGAAGUAACGGACAUCAUACAGAUAAUAGAACGGGGAGUACAGUAGUACCUGCCUAGCAUUAUAUUACGCGAUAAUGAAACAACCAAGUUAUACAAAGUUCCUUAAAAUAAUGUUGUGGUACAAUUUAUUAUAAUACAAAAUAGUUGAACUCGUCAUCACAGUCAGAGUGAUUUUAUAAAAAUUUACCUAAUAAUAGGAUUUGACACGUUCGAUAUUUUUGUGGCAUUCUGCUUUAUAACUACAAGUUCUUUUGUAAUCGACCACCUCACAAAUAUAAUUAUUAUCUAUGUAAAUAUAUACAGUUAGAAUCAGUUAGAAACCCCACGUGUGUAUAUCUUGUUAUUUAACAAGUAAUAUUAAUUAAUACAUAAUAAUAACGGUGAAGCUGCGAUUUCAUGAAACUUCUUUUGGAAUAAAUAUGAUGCAUGUCUCGGAUAUCUGACACUGAAUUUGUAUAAAUACCUAUUUUCCAUUUUAUACUUAUAUUUUAUAUAUUUUAUACAUAACAAUAAUUAAUAGUUUUCAGUUACUAUUUUUUAAAUAUAUUAAUAUAUUUAAUCAUGUUUAAACGAUUUGAAGGUUCGUCAUUGCAAUCUUUGUGUUGGAUUUAGUAAGUUGUCGGAACCCGGCACAGCAUCCUUAGUCUAAAGGAAUCAGCGUGGUGACCUCUCUCGCCUCCAGUGUCGAGGGAGGUGCCCUCCGCGACGGCGCGCCGUAUCUCGCAGCUUCACACGUUUCAUUGCUUUAUCUAAAGCAAAGCUGAUCUGUGAUGGUAUGACAUAGUUAGGUACUAGGCUGUGUGGGUCUUAAUAUCCGUACUUUAGAGGCACGACAGGUGGUGACCAAUUUUUGCAUAUGACUUUCUUCCUAUACGACUUUCUGCAGAAAUAGACCUCGUUAAUAGACGAUAGGGUCGUUUUUAAAAGUCUGCUUUUGUCCAAUGAUUUUAACUAUUCUAUUUGUUCAGUUUAAAUGUUAAAUUAUGAGAAAUCGCUUAUAUCGGCUGUAGAUUCCUUAUAUUAGUUUUGUGCAUUUUAUUUUACCAAACACAUGUUACCAUUUAAUUAAAUAUUUUUACGUAAUUAUAUACAUUUAUAUUUGAUUAUAAUGCUAUACUACUUACAGUAUUAUUUUAUAUGUAUAUUAUUAUUAAUAAUCACUUUUCUAAUACUAGGAAUUAGUGAUGUGCCGGAUCGUUAAAAAUGUAUAUCCGCGGAUACGGAUCUUAAUUUUCUUAUUCGAUAUUAUUCGAUUGGUGUCGGCGCUCGCGACCUUGAAACGAUAGUUGACGUCUUCGCUCGCCGCAUCGUCAGGCAGGACACGUUUUAACUUGCAUUGUGCGGGUAGUACUUUUGUGUUGGUUAUGGUAAAACAAUCUGAAUGGAAUUUUAUAGUUUUUUAUUUAAUAAUUCUACUUAAUCACCUGAAAAAGAUCCGUAAAAGAUCCGCGUGAAAAGUAACGGACACGGAUACGGAUAUCCGGAACAUCACUACUAGGAAUCAUAUAAAAAAAAUGAAAUUUGUCAUAACUUACGAAAUUUUAAUAUUUUAUUUUUUCAUUGACCCACAGAAAUAAGUAGUAGAAAGAGACAUUGUUUACGAAGUAUGGAAAACAACAAAGGCCAAACGAAACAUAUCUCAGAUUAUCAAUUACAAUGCGCGUUACUGUGAUAUUCAGUGGUUAAGGCUAAUUACUUCCUCACACAAAUAACUUAGAAGUAACGUAAUAAUCUGAAUAUACCCUUGGAAUAUACGACAACGUAAUAUCCUUUAUUAUUAAAUAAUUUAUUUUGGUAUACAUGUAAACACCAGAAAAAUAUCGUAUCCUAAAAUAAUAUUUUACUUUCAUCGCUGAUUAUUACGUAUGAUUUAUUAUUAUACGAAUAGUACUGAGAUGUCGAAAUUAAAAGCUGACCAAAGUAUACAAAUAAGUAUUACUUUUGAACAGUCAUAAUUUUAAAUAGCCGAUUUGCAUUAUUAACGUCUAUUCAUAUAAGCUCCUGUUGUUAAUUUCUGGUGUACCCGAUGUUCUUUGUGCAGAUGUAGGAAGUAUAAAUGCCACUAAAAAUACUUAUGCUAAAAUAGAAAACUAGUAAAUAGUAACUUCAGGUAUAAAGUCAUCGAUUUUCAAAAAUAUGCAGUGAAUGCAUAUUUUCAGCAUAUAAUUGAUAAUCUGCGAAUUUAGACAUACAAUUUAUUUCCACCGGGUCUGGAUUUUUUAUGCGCCGAAUACUUUAUUCGAUUGAUAUUAUUUUAAUGGUACUUGUGUGAAUGAAUAUAUUUGAGAUAUAAUCACACAUAAACCUAUUUUUUAAUUGCACAAUUGUGUCACCUGUAUUAAGUGCAAAUGUAGAUGAUUUUAUUACCUGUUGUGGUACGGGACAGUAUUUAUUUAUAUUAUAUGUAUUUGUUUAAUAUUUAUUUGUUAUAUACGUAUGAAUAUGUAGUAUAUUACACAGUGGUCGUCGCCACGUGAUGUAAAGCAAGGUUACAGCGUCGUGUGCCAUUAGUUAAGUGAUCGUACAGGGUUUGUCCAGUCCGAGCGCGCGCCCCGGGCGCCGGGGCUCUGCCCACCUCCACGCCCCUGUCAUGUGAUGCCUCACAGAGGCAUGCUACACCUUACCUUUUGUCAUCACCUUGGACAAUAAGCGGUUAUAUGUGAAGGUGCCAGUGUUCAUAAUUUAUCAUCAUUCAGCAUAAUCGUAACCGUCAUUUCUAUCCUUUGCUUCUUGGUUUUUAUUGACAACUAUCAUCUUUUGAAAUAUUUCAUUUGAAUAUACCUACUAUUUACGUCUAAGGUUAUGUUAUAAUAUACAGCGUAAUGUUGUAUUAUUAAUGUAUGUGUAAGUAAUAUCUAUAUUUAUGAAUUAAAAUUAUAAGUAUUUUAGAAUUAUAAGAUACACGAUGAGUGUUCUAUGUAAAUGUACAUUUUGAGUUCAAUUAGAUGCUAAGUGAAGAGUAGUAGAUAAUAUUGAUAAGUGCGUAUAGUCGGGCGCGGCGACACCGCCGGUGACUGCGCCGGUGGCGGCGCCGCGGCCGGUCCAGUUCGGGCGCUGUUACUUCGCUCAGAUUCGGCCGCGCAGUGUCACAUCAUACACCCGCCUCCUCCGCCACGACUCCUCGAGGUGCCUCCAGCGCCGGGCUGGCCACAGCGGACCUCUCCUCUCUUACACGCAAUAGUCUGUCUUCAUCACACGCUUUGUCGAUAGUUAGCGGGUGUUAGGUGAUUGGUUUCAAUGUAAGGGUACGUACGUGUCGCACACAUUCCAAAAUAAAGCUAAUCGUAACGGUAAGUGACGCGCAUUGAGUGACGCGUUACACUUGUAAGUUAACCACUUUGUUGUUCAUUAACGAUAAGUUAGAUUUAAUCUCAGUCGAUGUUGUUUAACUAUAGUCUGUGUAUAGUAUUCUUUUGGUUAAGUUUAUGUGAGGACGUGAAUUUGAGCGAAUCGACAGGCCUCAGCCUGAAGGGUUCAUACUAGCUGUAAAAUCUUAAGUACCUAAGCGAUUAUUUCUGUUGCACCUAACUUUAUUUUGCGAGCCGUGUUAGUUCUAUUUUAUUAAUUGUACAUAUAGGUAGGGCGAGGUAAACAAAGUUUUUAUUCAAUCUAAUGUGGUUAUUGUUGAAUCUGAAAUGUGGGACUGGCAAAUACCAAUGCAAUUGUCGCAUUUUGCUGUUGACAAAGUUUUAUCAUUUAUUAGAUACCAUAGACAUUACGGCUAUUUAUGUAUUGCUGUUUAGACGGUGGAGAGGUCUAGAAUCGGGAAUCGUAUACGUGGCUAUUAAUAUAACAAGUUAGGAUAACUGCAAGCCAGGAUGGGCCUGUUCCCAAUGUUAAUGUUAAGGCUCGCUAUAAGCCACGAGAGGAACACACCCCUCGCAUCUCGGUCCCUGACCGAUAUAUGUUUACAUUAUAAGUACAUAUAUACCAGAGGAUUUCAAUCAUAAAGGCUAGUAGAAUAAGGUUGCUCCUACUUUCAUUGAACUUGGGUGACUCACAAGCACAUGGCUAACUAAUAAAAUAAUGUUAAAUUAUUAUAUUUUAUUUGAUUUUCUGUGAUAAUACCAUUUUUAUCUGAGUACAGGCUUUAGUAAAGUUGUACCUGUUUUUUAAUAAAUAUAAAAUUAGAGAAUCAAUACCUAAGUAGCUUAGUAGUUCAGUUGGAAUGGAGCAACCAUGUUAUCUAUCGUAACCACACUUGUACCAUGUCAUUACCUCACAUUACAUCUUUUAUACAUUAAAAAUAAUAGUUAUUGUUGUCGCUAAACUUAUUUUUAUUGUCAACAUAUUGUUUAGAUGUGUCAUUAAGUUUAAAUUGUAAAGACGAUGAUCUACUUUAGAUUGCAUUAUAGAUACAUGUUUAUGGCGGUGUGAGAUGUCGCCCGUGCAUCGUCAAUGUAUUUAUUUUCUUGGUGAUUAAUAAAUAUUGUGAGACGCACGUACGCGCCGGCGGCGGGGCCUCGGCUCGCCACCGCCGUCGCUCGUUAUUGUAGAAAUAAAUGAUAUUUUCGUUUAAUAAA